UUUCAAACUUGAAAAUGUUGAGGAAAUAUAAAAUAAAAUGGCGGAAUCCAAAGGAGUGAAGAGUAAAACUUUACAGAUCAAUAAAGUUUUUAUUUUUCUUCCACCAAAAUUUAAGGUCGGUAAUGCAAUGUCGGAAGUUUAAGGUGAUAAGAAUGUGUUUUUUUUCCAUUUUUUUGUUUUGAAUUGUGUAUUUUGGCAAUCAUUUUUAUCUUAAACUUAACUAAGAAUGUUCCUUCACUUGAAAAAAUCAACGGGAAAAAAUAAGAAAAGUCAUGAAGCCAUUACAUCUCAACCAAUAUCCAAACGUAACAGGCUAUCGUCUAGGUCUAGUACUCAGGAAGAAAAGGCCACUGGGGAAACACAGACUUUUUCAGAAAUAGAUUUGAGUAAUAACUGUGAGGACAUGUUAAUUAGGGACUCUAUGAGGAUAUAUUUGGAAAACACAUUUAGUGAGAACAAGCAAAUAAGCGAGGACUUCAUUAGCUCUAAAACCUUCAACAAUAGGUUUUCUUGUGAUUUCUCACAACAAUCAGCUCAAGAGCAAUACAAAUUAUCAGUACUUCACAUUCAAAAUUCAUCAGCUCAAGAGCAAUACAAAUUAUCAGUACUUCACAUUCAAAGUUAAAUGCGAAGAACACAUAGAAGACACAUACAAUUCCAGCUCAUUACAGGAAGAAGAUCAUGUGGAUGGACUGCCAUGUUUUUUUUACUAAAUUAAAACACUGCACUCAACUCCUUUCAAUAGUCAAUAUAUUCGUUGGAGUAAUGCAAGUUAAUUCUAUCAAAGAAGUCAAAGUGAAAUCAGGCGACAACCUUGGGCAGUUUAUAAAAGUGUCAUCCAUUCUUGUUGGAGAUGAAACAAAAGAAUACUUCAAAGUGACAUUUUGGAGAAGUGCUUCCCAAUGGGUUUUAAACGUAAAGCAAGGAGAUGUGUUGGUGAUGAAAAAUAUAAAAAUUGAAAAGUGGAAGGAUGAGUUUUAUAGUCAAACUACCUACAACAGCACACUUGUCAAACUGUGCAUUGAUAAUACUUCUUUUCUACCUGCCCAAUGGUUGACUGCGGUCAGCUAUGCUAAUUUAAAACUCAUGUUGAAAUGGUUGAACGGCAAUCAUUCUUACUUGCUUUCAAAUGAUUCACAAACUUUUCAGCUUUGUGAAGAUGUGAAGAUUAAAACGUUAAAACAGUUUCGUGCGAACACUUUCUCCAGCGAUCCAGAUGGUGCAGAGGAAGUGGGGAUUUAUCUAUGUGGAAGUCAAGCGGAGUGGGAAUAUGAUUUAAAGAGAAAAAUAAAAACUGUUUCUGCUUUCAUCACCGAAAGUGCUUUGAGAGAGUACCAAACAGAAACUGAACGGAAAAUAGAUCAGAAAACGGAGUUGACAAAUGUCGUCAAUCGUGAUAUAGUCUAUCUUGGCUGAAAGUCAUGUCUUAGACAGUUAAAGCAAGAUCAAAAUGGCAUUUACAUACAGUGCCAUCAAUGUAGAAAAAACUCUUCGGUCUUUUUUAAUGGUGUUAAGUAUUACUUUAAGCCUUGCAUGAUCACCCUCUCGGAUGGAACAGAUCUCAUUGUUGUGAGCUCUUCUCACGAGUCAACGUACAAAGUUUUAAAUAACUUAACACCGAAGGAUAUCAUCGAUUUAAAAAGUUAUUGCUUUCAUGAAGUAAAGACGGGUAUUUUUGAUGAAGUUAGUCGCAAUUUUACUGUGGAAUUCGAAACUAUUAUUGACGAAAAAGAUUAUAUGAUAAGUAGGGAAUUUGAACUUUUGGAUGUCAGAAAUGAUCACGUCUAUCAUAUGCUACUAAAGUAAAUGGUUUGAACCAUUGAACCCGGGAGUAUCAGUUUUUCCUAAGGUUGUCGAAAUGUCAGUCAAGAACAACGAAAGCAGUCCUUCCGUUCUAAGCACUAUACCAACCUG